AUGCCGGAAGCCAUUGGCAAAUUCGAGUCGUUCUUCUUCUGCCAAGAAAAUAUCGUGACCCGUAGUGGAGUUCAGCCGCGCCGACGCAUCAAGCAGCUUUAUUCAGGGACCGGGCACUGCUUCUCGAAAAGCCGGCUGGGGAACCACGUCGUCUUCUGGCGCACCGUGGUCGCAGAGGCAAAACUCACGGUCGAAACAAUCAAAAUCGAAACAGCAACAACAACAACGACCAUACUCAUUCUGCUCAUCUUACCUAUUCUUCAUCUUCCUCUGCCUAUUCUUCUGCCUAUUCUACUCCUUCGACACCUUAUUCUCCACCUCCUUCGCUUUGCCCCACCCGUUGUCACCAGACUGCCAGGGUAAGCCCGCUCACUCUGGCAGCCUGGAAUGUUCGUUCCCUUUUAGAAAAUCCGAGGAGCUACCGACGGGAACGGAGGACGGUGCUAGUGGCCCGAGAACUGGCGUGCUACAAGGUGGACAUCGCCGCACUUAGCAAGACCCGAUUCUGCGAACAAGGCCAAGUGGAGUAGGUGGGUGCCGGCUACACCUUCUUCUGGAGUGGGCGGCCCAGGGCAGAAAGACGAGACGCGGGUGUUGCCUUCGCUAUCCGGAACGACAUCGUGGGACGACUACCCUGUUUGCCGCAGGGAAUCAACGAUCGCCUGAUGGGCCUCCGCCUGCCUCUGCCGCGGCGGAGAGGAAAAUUCGCCGCCAUCAACAGCGCCUACGCUCCGCCAAUGAGCAGCCCUGACGCCGCCGCAAGAGGCAAAUUCUACGAGGACCUGCACGCCCUCUUGGCGACUGUGUCGAAGGCGGACAAGUUGAUUGCCCUUGGUGACUUCAACGCCCGCGUAGACACAGACCAUACUGCCUGGAGAGGUGUGCUGGGUCCCCGUGGUCUCCGCGGCUCAAACGACAAUGGCCUGCUGCUCCUCCGCACCUGCGCAGAACACCGCCUCAUCCUGACGAACGCGUUCUUCUGUCUGCCGGAGCGAGAGAAGGCCACCUGGAGGCAUCCUCGGUCGCGUCAGUGGCACCUGCUGGACUACGUCCUCGUCCGAAGGCGUGACCAGCGGGACGUGCUGGUGACGAAGGCGAUCGCGGGCGAUGACGGGUGA